AUGCCUAUAUCUACCGCGAUAUGGAUAUUGAAUCAUGAGAAAUGGGUGAGGGAUAGGGGGAAUGCUGUUGUGUAUGUAUUUAGUGGGUUGAGGGUUAGUAUGGGGGAGAUACGGAGGAAGAUUAGGAGGGCUAGGGUUAAGAUUAGGAUUGGGGAAUGUGGGGGGUUUGCUCCUCCAAAUCUCGAGUAUAUGAUUACGGGAGCUGAAAAUUGGGAUUCUUCACAAGAUAGAAUUACGUAUACUGCGUUUAAUUCCUCAUCUUGUGAUGGAAGUGUUCAUUCUGAUGACAGUAUCGAUACUCUUGAUAAUUAUAUAUCUUCCGAAGAAUUCGAACCCCAGAGUCAGAUUUGGACAUCACCAAAACGAUACAAUCCUACCACUCCAAACGCAAACCUUGCACCCAAAACCUGGAACAACAAAUGCGCCCAAGAAAUCCUAGAAACCUACCACGAAGGAAUAGACAUCUGGCACCGCACACGGCAUUCAGAGCCCUCAAUCCAACACCUCGGAACACAAACUGCCUCCCUCAAAUUCCACGAAGCAUUAUUCGGAUUUAAUUAUUUACAUUCACCUAAUGAUUUGAAAACAAGAGGAGCAGCUUAUCAUCUUGCGGAAUGCUAUGCGCAUCUUGGUCAGAAGGAAUAUUUUAUUGCGGUUCUGGAUUGGUUGGGGAGGGAAUUGGUCAGGUUAAAAGUUAUGGAGCUUUUUCGUGUGGGUGGGACGCCGAGGGAAGCGGUGGGGUUGUUGUUUACUAGUUUGGGGGAAUAG